AUUUGUGUUUCAAGUUGAAUUUGUAAGUUUUCCUUAAAAGAAAAGAAUGGGCAGGUGUCCUGAGCUUCUUGAUCUGAUCUCUAUGAACAGGGAAUGGAAGUUGACUAGAAAUGGUGCUGAAAGCUCUGUGAGUGAGAACAAUAAAACAGAACUGAGACUCGGAUUGGCAGGAGGAGAAGGAGAAGAAAGCAGCAGCAGCAGCUUGAAUGGUAACCAUGAAAGUGGUGAAUUUCUUGUCUCUUCUGCUAAGCUUUUUCCUUGUUGUUUGAACAUUAGAAGCAACAAAAGGUCGGUUUAUGAAAAAGCUGAAGGCAUUGCAGGAAAUGAUGAAUUCCAACCCCACAAGCUGAUUGCUUCCUUACCAUCUUCAGCUUUUCAAAGGGAAGCACACAAGCUGGAGUUGGUGCCAUAUUUGCAACAUUUUUUGAUGACCCAGAACCUGGAGUUGGUGUCAGAGGAGCCAUCAAAGGCAUGCAGUUUGAGAACAGCUGAGUUUCCUUACUUGAAUGGGCAAUCAUGUCCGAACACUGGUUCUGUUCCUGCUGAUUCAUCUCAAGAACCUAAACACCAUCACAAAAGGGCAUCGGCUGCAUCAGCUGUUGGUUGGCCCCCCAUCCGUUCAUCCAGGAAGAUCUAUGUUAUCCCCCGCUCUUCAAAGCCUAACCCUCUUGAGUUGUCAAAAGCUGUGAAGGAGGGGAAUGGCUCAAAAUCCGACUGUUGCAGUGGACAAAUGUUUGUUAAAGUCUGUAUGGAUGGCGUUCCCAUUGGAAGGAAACUGAAUCUCCAAGCCUAUAAUAGUUAUGAUCAACUCUCUGCUGGCAUACACGAGCUCUUCCACUGUCUUCUUGCAGCACAAAAAGGUUAUCUGGAGGCUGAGGAAGGGAGAAAGAUGGAGGAAACAACAACAUUUUCUGAUUCCAAACAGAUGAACGGGAUGUAUACUCUGGUUUACUAUGAUAAUGAAGGGGACAGAAUGCUUGUUGGUGAUGUCCCAUGGAACAUGUUUGUUUCCACUGUGAAGAGGCUACAUGUGUUAAAGAGCUCUGCCAUUGCCACCGAAAAGAAGUGAAUUUCCUUUCAAAAUUCAAACACAUUCAUCUGAAAGGUACUGGAAAUGUUCUUUUCAAAUCUUUCAGAGGUUUGGCUUAGAAUAGCAGCAAUUUUGGGUUAAAGAGUCGAUGCCGGUUAGGUUUGGCAGUGUAAUGAAGCUGCAACUUGUAAGCGCAGCCUGAGCUUUUAAGGUUGAGGCAACUGCUGUUGUGUGUGUGCACAUAUUUUGUUCUGUUUCUUCAGAAUGAUAUGAGUUUUGAUUUU